AUGCCGUUGAUGGACGACGCCUGUUGGCAAACGCAGCAUCGCGUUCCUCCCGAGGUCCAGCCUCCACAAAUAGGAAAGAUCUCGAUUCCUGAGUUCAACGAUCUUCAUGAAGUCCACAAGACUGUGAUCGUCAAUAAGCCUCAGUCCUAUCAGAAGGUCAAAUGGAACGAGUUCCCCGAAGAAGUGACGCCGGAAAUCGGAGCCGCGCCGAAAGUUCAUACGCAGGAAUGGACGCCGGUGAACCAGGAAACCACCGAACUCCAACGCAGUUUAUACCGUCCUGGUAAGAUCUCAGCCAAUUGGCCUCCUCCAGAGAAAGAGGUUGGAAAGCUGGUCGUCGAAAUUCGUCCAGUAAAGCCUGGAGAUGAUGCUGGGUGGAUCCAACAGGAGCAGAAUGAGGUUGUCAAAUCCACAGGCUGGCAACGAAAAUCGAAAAUCGAUCUCGUUUGGCCUCCUCCGGAAGGAGAAAUGGCACAAACCAUAUAUCAAGGUCCCCAACAUAUGCCAACCGUACAAUGGCCACCGGCUGAAUCUGAGGAACACGCUCAACAGCAGGUGGAGGUUCUACAGAAGCAUAUUCCGGCGAAGAAAAUGGAUGGUGGAACGGUGACGUCACGACAGGACCACAGGAAACUCAACCACAAACUGUUGGCAAAACCACACCACUACAACCACCACCAUGAAGAAGACUGCCCUGCGCCACCGGUGAAGCAACAUACAGUCCGCGUCAAGUGA